GUAACGUUUGAGGUAAUUUGCAGCUCCGCGCCGAACGGGAGGUUGUCUUUCGUGUAUAUAAAGAACUGUGACCGUUUCAUCUCAAAUCGAGCUUAAUUAAGCGUAUAACAGGAAAUUAAAACAGAAAUAUUAGAGACGUUGAAAUGGUGCAUACAGAUCUGACAAUAGCCGUUAUGUUGAUGGGAAUCGUUUACAGAACACAGGCAGUCCCAACGGAUUCGGAGCGUUGUCAAGGAUGUACCCAGAAGAACGCCAUUGGCGUGAUGGGGUUCUUGGAUGACUGUUCCAAAUACGUUUACUGCGCCAUAGACACAAAGGGCGUCGUCCACGGCGCGGUUCGACCGUGUGCCUUUGGUAUGAAUUGGAACUUGGACAUUCUGUCGUGCGUUCUGCCGUCCAACUCGACCUGCGUCACAACAAAAGACAUUUGUAACGAAAAAUCUGACGGCAUAAGACGCCCCGGGGUGGGGAACUGUCGCGGUUAUUUGGAAUGCAAGAACGGUGAAUCUGUAGCGCUGUGCUGCCCGAUCGAUUAUUACUUCAAUGGCAUGACUGACAACUGUGAGUCCAAUAAUGGCGACCACGAAUGUAAUGAUAAAUGUUUCAAAGAAAUCACAAAAACAGUGGAGGACAAAACCACCGCGCCAAGUUCUUGUUACAAUAAGAGGCCAAUGACCGGCGUACUGAACGUAUAUGAGGAGAGCGUUAAAGGAAAGGGCUGGAUCCAGAGAAGGUGUCCAAAUGGUUUAUUAUAUCAGCAAAAAGACUGUGACUGUACGCUGCGAGUAGUUGUACAGAGGAAGUGCGAGCCCGACCUCUUCCUUUCUUUCGAAAACGGCGUCAAUGGCCAGUCCCCCGUUGUCAACUACAUCAAAAGUAAAAAUGUAAAAGUGAUUGAUGGCAAGGCAAUAUUUAAAGCCGAAAAGGGGAGUCAACUUGUCAUUCAACGUUACAAGAACUUCUGCAUGACGAGUCUAACCAUAAACUUGAAAUACUUUUCCGAUCACAAACGCCUUCCACAGAGCCAGGCAAUCAUAUCGAACAGCGACUGUGGAAUCGCCCCUUCCAUUGUGCUGACUGAAGACAGCGCUUAUGUAUAUUUCACAGUGGCAACCGAAUUGGGAGAGAGAACAUUAGCCGUUCACCAGCCAUCACAUACCAACGACAAGAACCUUGAACUUACGUAUCACAAUGGCAUUCUUUCUGGUACGGUAAACAAGCUGAAGAAAACCCUGAAAAUAAAUGGAAGUGGUAUCAAUAAAAUCCCCUGCGCCCUUCAUGUUGGCAGCGCGCAAGGGUACAGCGGACUUAACUUCACUGGGGUUAUCGACGAGCUUAGCCUGUCUCUGUGUGUGUAAUACGUGAUUACAUUUCUUACACUUUUGUUACAUUUAUACAAUACUUCUUUAUGCUUGUUUUAAGUCCUUUCUAUAGAUGUGCCAUUUAUUCUUCAAUAAUUGUCGUCUGGUUGUGCUUUCUUACGACCUUUUUAAGUGUUUAAGUUAGGGUUAAGUAGUUUCUUAUAUUUACCCUACGUUCAAAAAAAUCAUGUAGUUUUAUAUAACCUUCCGUUACAUUAUGUAUUGCCUGUUAUGAGCAAGUUACAAGACUAUAAGGCAACAUUAAAUUAAAUGCUACUUUUCAUCCCCGCAUUCCCCAUCUUUUUCCGCCGCCCUUUUAAUUUUAGUGAAUCAAAAAAUGUCGAAAUCGGUUCUGUAUUUGCCUAUAGGUCCAGUAACGCCGAGAACGACGUUUAUUUAUACCUACGGUGUCGAUGUGUUAGGACCAUGUUCGUAGUUCUUCUAAAACACAUGUGUAUAGUCCUUUAUGCCAUAAGAAAAUGCAUGAACACAUACUCAACGGUAAACCAGUCAUCUAAGGAAAAGAAACAAAUAAAAUGUCAACCCCCGUUCCAUUUACCUUUUUUUUUAAAGAAAAUCUAGCAAUUAAUUUAUAUUGGCCUAAAUGUUAUUUGCUUGCUUGUUUUGCUACAUUUGUUUGUAUCAUUAAACUGCAUUUAUUAUUCUCUUAUUUAUUCAUUUACUUCAUUGUCAAAAGCUGUAACUAAGCUUGGGCUGCUAAAUACAUGUAGCCCACUUUUCUUUCCCGCCAUGAUUUUACUGAACAAUAAAAUGCAAUUUUGAAAAAUAAACUCUGUUUGCAUUGA